CGGCGCAUGCACUUGAGAAGAUGUGGUCGACAUUCACAGGCUUCAUUUGCGGCGUCUGUCUAUUCACUCAUCUCGCCUCGCCAGCGGUCACGGCUCAAGACGCUCCGAAGCUGCAGCCUUUCUACUUCCCGAAGGAAAAUCAGCUUCUGCAAACGAUCGUCGUCUCCUGCAUCGCCGUGCGGGGUAGCCAGCCGCUGGAGUUUUCCUGGUCCAAGGAUGGCCUGCCUUUGACGACGAACGGCAAGCGCGUCGUGACCAGGUUGCUGGCCGACACCAUAUCGACGCUCACCGUGACGGACGUCCGCGCCGAGGACAUCGGCAAUUACACCUGCCGCGCCUCCAAUGCCGUCGGCUUCGACAGAUUCACCGCCGAGUUGAUCGUCACAGCUGCCCCAGUCUGGCUGUCCGAGCCCAAGGACACGGACGCCGUCCAGGGACGAGACCUGGUGCUGGCCUGCAACGCGGCCGGAUUCCCGAAGCCACGCUUCACGUGGAAGAUGCAAAUCGGAUCCCGGGACUUUGUGCCUCUGCACCCCGUGGGGAGGAGGAAGAUCUACGACAACGGGACGCUGGUCAUCGAGAACGUCGAGUCGGACGACGAGGGGCUCUACCAGUGCGACGUCAGCAACGGCGUCCCACCGCCACUCUCGAAGACCAUCAAGGUAUCUGUGCACGUUCCCCCACGCAUCAGCAAGUCGUCGUCGGAUGUGUCCGUCAAGCGCGGGGACAUCGCCAAGAUCGCCUGCGAAGCCAGCGGCCAGCAUCCGCUGGUGGUCACCUGGGAGAAGGAUAACACCCUACUUCUGCCUUCCGUUGACAGGUACGAGACCCACGAGGAGAUGAGCGCCACGGGAGUGACCUCGGUGCUGGUGAUCCACAACAGCGCGCGCAAGGACGCCACGGCGUACGUGUGCGUGGCGAAGAACGACUACGGGCAGACCAAGCACACCUUCCGGCUCACCGUGCUCGAGCCCCCGGAGAGCCCGACCGACGUGCUGGUGACGGAGCGACGCAGCCGCUACGUGUCGGUCAAGUGGUCGCCGCCCAGGAGACCCGUCAACCGAUACGUCUUCCGCUACUGGAGGAAGUCGUCCCGCGGCAGCGUGCUCCAGGAACAGGAAGUGGACGGCAUGCGCACGUCGCUCAUGGUCACCAACCUGCACCCGGGCACCGAGUACCUGGCGCUGGUGCUGGCCGAGAACUCUGUGGGCUUCGGGGACCCCUCAGACACCAUCACCUUCCAGACGGCCGCCGAAGAGCCCAGCGCACCGCCCAUGAACGUCCAGUGCGAGGCUCUCGACACCCGGAACAUCAAGGUCUCAUGGGAGCCCCCACCAGCGGACCAACUGAACGGCGAGCUGAAGGGCUACUACAUUGGCCACAAGAUGGACGGCACGCCAUUCGUGCAUGACACAGUGAACAGAGACACUGAGCAUCGCACCUUCAGGGGCCUGCAGGCGGCAUCCACGUACCGCUUCAUGCUCAAGGCCUUCAACGAGGUGGGCUCAGGACCGGCCUCCGAAGAGGUUGCCUGCACCACGCUCAACGGAGACCCACCGUCGGUUCCGAGCCUGCGAGUGACGGGCAUCACAUCAAACUCCGUCAGCUUGCACUGGAACAGUCCUACCUCCGCAGCAUCGCCAGUCAUACAAUACGAGAUCCAGUAUGGCACCGAUGAUGGUGACAAGCGGCAGCUGCAUAUCCCAGCCACCAAGGAAUCGGUGACACUGACCGAGCUGCGCAGCGGCACCCGCUACAACUUCCGCAUGGCUGCCUUCAACCUGUACGGUCGCGGGGACUUUUCGCACGACCUGCCCGCAGUCACUCACCUCUCAGAUGGUGGCUCAUUCCCCUCACUGGUGGAUGAGGAGAUGCCCUUCUACUACCGCACAUACUUCGUUGUGCCCGUGGUGGCCUCCUUCACAGUCAUCAUCACGGCCAUUGUAAUUGCCUGGGCAUGCCUCAAGAGGGCUACUAUACUCCAGAGUACCCCCCUCGUCAGCCAGUAUGCCCGCAAUUCCUACAUGAGGACAAUGGACCAGAGGAACAGCCAGGGCUUGGAGGAAGCCUACGACGUGCCGUGGAACGGACCAGCCACUAGAAACACCAUGGUACGCGAAAAGAAGGAACCUACACCCGCCUGAAGAACAACCGGCAGCAGAAUCUCGUGUGAGGCAUUAACUAUUCCUACUAGUCAUGUGUACCACUACAGUUUCUGUUGUUACCGCAGCUUCUAUGGUGAGCUCAACUAGUACUAGGGAAUGUUUUUUUUUUUCUACCUAGUGUUGUAUUACAGCUAACAGCAGCUAAAUGUACAGGCAUUCCAAGACUGCUGGGCUCUCAUGCGUCACUUCCACUUGGCUGUCCCUAAAUCUCCAAUCACCAUUACAAGAAAAAAAGAAAAGAUCUCGCUUGGAUUUCCUCCGCUUCAGCUGUAUUUAUACGCAGCGGGACGCAUUGCCAAUUCAUUCUGCAGGUGACUGUGACAGAGCAGCAUUGCAAGAAUCAUGCCGCUAGCAGCUCGCCUGGGGAGCUAUUAUAUGCAGCGUGAUUCGGCAAAACUGCACAGUGUUAUUUCAUCUGUUGGCUGAAUCAACAAUACAAGUUGUUGAAUUAGCCUUGUUUUACGACGCUAACGUUGGCGAUUGACCAUUUCUUUGCCGGGCAAGCCCCAUUAGAAAGUGCUGCAGGAGUUGCCCAACAGUCCAACUGAAAGACCUGUCAAUUGUCUCGCGAAUACUCAGCAUUUUAGUGCUUACUCCACUACAGCAAAUCUACUUAGCAUGUCUGUCGGUAAUAGUAGAUGUGUUUGAGAAUGGCUCACAGAAAUGCAACUUCUCAUUCAGUGGUUGUUCACACGUCAGCAAGUCGAGGUUUGAUGGGGAAUACAUCUAAACCACGGACAGUAUGUUACCAUAUUGCGCAUGCUAGCAUUCAGCACACAUUACUGCACUUAGGUACUCCGUAUCUGAAGAUAUGUCUUUUAAUAUCACUCUGUUACAUCCUCCAUAAGAAAGUCACACUUCUAAGGCAGUGACUACUAGACUUUGUCUACCUAUAAACCUUGAUGUAUUCACCUUGAUGUAGCAUUCAGCACUGACACCAUUACACAUUUUAAAUGUUUCUACUAACGUACACCCAUGUGCUUGCUGUUCCAAUUGACUUAAGUAACAGAUGUAGGAAAUUGAAGGCAGCAGUGAUUUACUAUGUAAAUAAGACAGUCUUUGGCAGCUUUCUCACGAGACAUUUCAGGAGGCGUUUUGGUACAACAGUGAUGAACUGAGCAUUUCUGUACCUUAUUGCACCUUUGUAUUGUAAUAUACUGUGGUGUGACUGUGAUGCCCAUGAGAACAAUUUUAUUUGUAAAAAAAAUGUUUUUAUUUGUGUUGUGUGUUCGUAAGUUUUGUUUAUGUGUGUAUUGUUAGCCACUGUCGUAUGUGCUUUCAAUAAACAAGGCAAA